AUGCGCAGGACCGCGGGCGGCCGUGGACGCACAGGCACCGGGCAGGGCGCCGCGGCGCUUCCUCUGCCCGCGCUUCCGCGUCGCAGCCCGGGAGCUGGAGCCGGAGUCGGGGAGUCGGAGUCCUGGCGGGCGGCCGAGCCGAAGCGGAGCUGGGGGUCGGAGUCCAGGCAGCGGCCGGGGCGGAGGCGGCUGGCACUGCGUCCCUGCGAGAUGGACGGGACAGACGGCAGUGCCGGGCAGCCCGGCCCCGCCGAGCGGUCCCAUCGAAGCAGUGUGUCCUCCGUGGGAGCCCGAGGCUUCACCUCCACUCUUUGAGGGAGGGGUCUUAGCCCGGCUUUACGGGUGAGGCAGCCGAACUCACACUGACCUGCCGAAGUCAGCCAGCUAGCCAGGAGCCGGCCGAGGACUGGAACCGGAAUAUACUGGCCUCCACGCUCAGUGCUCCUUCAGGGCAGCUGCGGUUCCAGGGAUGGGGGUUUGCAUCUGGCUGCUCUUCCAAGGGUCUCCCUGUGGCUCUGGGCUCCAAAUAGGAAUCCCAGAGGAUCUCACAGGGAAGGCUCAGCUUCUUCCCCUGGCCUAUCCUGAAAGCCAUGGUAUUGCGUUCUGAGGCUUGAAGAGUUCAAAGGGAGCUGAGCCCUGGAUCUUGCUUUGCCCUGGACUGGCCUUGAAUCCUCAGUCCCCAUCUUAGCCUGGGCCAGAGAGAGACAGCAACUUGCCCUAGGACAGUGGUUCUCAACCUUGGCUGCACAUUAGAAUGAGACCCAGAAAUCAAGAUUUUAAAAAGAUUCCCAGGUGAUUCUAAUGUGCAGCCAAGGUUGAGAACCGCUGCCCUAGGAUAAUAGUGGGUCCCCAGCACGCCCCCUCCCAACCUGAUACACCAACUGCUGUAAAUCUGAUGGAUUAAGCCCGUCUGCCUCCAUCCCCACCGAUGUUCUCCUUCAUGGAGGAAGCACAGAACAGCCCUUGGGGCUGCCAGGGGAGUGUGUGGCCAGCCCUAAUUUGAACCUUCGGGGGUUAGGGACCAGUCCCUGGGGCAGAGUUGCUGGUUUUCUGGGUGGUUUGAGCAUCUUGAGUUGAGUAAGUCCUAACAGAAUUCUUUCACAGGGGUCCUUUGGAGACUGUCUCUGGGUGUAGCCUAGGUCACCCAAGGGUGUAGAGUGGAGGGCUCCAGCCCCAGUGGGACAUGCCUGUGCCUGAGCACUGGCCCAGCUGGGCCCUGCCUGGGU